CGCAGAUAAUCGCACUCACCGACAGAAUAGAUCAUCAUCUAUCGUGUCAAACGCUCUACGGCACUUUUUGUCACGUUCGUCUCGUGCUUUUUCGAAGGUCGCAUUCCUGCAUGGUAUUUCGUGGAAAGACACGGGCACGCAUAUAGCCUUCUGUAAGGUAAGAACUCACCAGGUCCAAUGACGCGCUGGGAUCGAUUCUCUCUAGUCUCAACACAGGCUCAGUAUUACACGGAAAUUCAAGAUACGGGGAGGAAAGAAUCAAAUUGAAACUCGAAGUUGACCCAAGUUUUGGUAAGACCAAUGUGGAAGAAAAAGCAAAAGAGCAAUCUGGCUCCUCGGCCCCCAGGCCCCACACCCGAUAUCACCGCCAAACGGGCAGACUCCGCUUUCCCAUCCGGACCCGGUUCCUCGGCCCCUCUCCCGGCCCAUGGCACCGAUUCCAUCUCAGGAGCCGCCGGUAUCGCCGCGGGCCUGGGGCUUAACCUCGCCCUCCCAUCAAACGCCCCACCACCACCAUCCUUCCCGACCCAGGACACAUGCCUAGCGCACCUCCGCCUCCUUACAGCCUUCAACCGCCUCAAGACGGAGACGGGGUACCGCGAUGGUCUCUGGGAUAUCUGGGAUGCGCGGGCCGGCACAACUACUUCCCCCAUGACGACCACCACCACCAAGAACGCACGCAAUGGUGACAGCAACGGCAACAACAACAACAACCCAGAAAACAAUCACAACGCCAUGGACGGAAAGGCCGCAGAGGAGACAACCCAGAGAAGAGCACGCACAAGUACGGAUACCGAGCCCGAACUCGAUACAAACUUGGAUAUCCUAAUCAGACUCCGCGAAAAGAGGUGGGCAGUCUACCUCGGCCGCGCAGUUGACCGCUACGCAGCAUGGUGGCGGAGUUUUGUGCCAGAUAUGCUCCUCGAGAGCGACAUGCUCAUCGUCGACCCCAAACCAGAUCAGCCAUCAUCCUCGUUCGAUGGCGACAGCGACGGGCCAGGUCAGAGCCAUAGCGGAGCCGAGGAUGAGACUGAGAAUACCAGACAGCGUCGGAUCCGGGCCCGGUAUGAAGGCUUCCCAGUGUCGAAGCCAAUGGUUUGGCGCGAGGAGAUGCUUCCUCCUCUGGAUGUGCUACUCGUCUGGCACGCGCACAUGCUCAACCCAAGACUCUACCUCGAGGUCCGUACCCCCUUGUCUCCAUCAAAAGUUUUGUCAACAUUGACGUACUGACAAUCACAAAGGACUGCCUCCGCUACGGCUACAACUCCCUCUGGGCAGCAGGUAUCCCUUGGCCCAUCAUUGACGCCGCCAUCGCAGGCCCAGUCUUUGACUACGU